AUGUCGGAUAUCGGGGACUGGUUUAAAAGCAUCCCUUUCAUCACUCGUUACUGGUUCGCGGGCUCCAUUGCGGUGCCUCUUAUCGGGAAGCUGGGAUUAAUCAGCCCGGUGAACCUCGUGCUGUGGCCAGAAUCUUUCUUCCAUAAGUUCCAGAUAUGGAGACCUUUCACUUCAACACUGUAUUUCCCUGUGGGCCCAGGAACAGGGUUUCUCUAUCUGGUCAACCUGUAUUUCCUCUACCAGUACUCCACCAGGCUCGAAACAGGGGCCUUUGAUGGAAGACCAGCAGACUACAUUUUCAUGCUCCUGUUCAACUGGAUUUGCAUUGUUAUAACAGGCUUAAUGAUGGAUAUGCAGCUCCUCAUGAUCCCUCUGAUCAUGUCCGUCCUGUAUGUCUGGGCGCAGCUGAAUCGAGACAUGAUUGUGUCCUUCUGGUUCGGUACAAGAUUCAAGGCCUGCUAUCUCCCCUGGGUCAUUCUGGGAUUCAACUACAUCAUCGGCGGCUCCAUUGUGAAUGAGCUGAUUGGAAAUUUAGUGGGUCAUCUUUACUUCUUCCUCAUGUUCAAAUACCCAAUGGACCUGGGCGGCAGAUCCUUCCUCUCCACUCCACAGAUCCUCUACCAGUGGUUCCCAAAUCGACGAGGUGGGGUGUCUGGAUUUGGUGUCCCACCAAGCAGGAGACCUGCGCCCCAGGACCAGGCAGGAGGAGGGGGUGGCGGCGGUGGCGGCGGCGGUCGUCACAACUGGGGUCAAGGCUUUCGGCUGGGGGAUGACUGAAGACAUCCUCCUGCAAAGCCUCAGAGGACACUGAUGCUUACUUAGAUACAUACUGAGACAUUGAUGCUGCAGAACACAAGUUUUAUACGUUUCAGGUUUUUGGUUUAGUUUUUGUAUCUCUCCUUCCAAGUGCAAAACAGAGUUAAAACGGAACUCCUCCAUGGAUUCACAGCGUGUUUGUUGACCUUCCUGCUCUUGAUGCAAUAUCGUAAGUCAUACUAUAAUUGAGUUUCCCUGUGCAGUGGACAGCCCUGCAGAAAUAGGUGCAGAGGUACUGUCCAGAGGACUUUUUUCAUUUUCCCAGAAUACAAGCAGAGGGUACACACUCUGGCAGUGUAUGCAGGCUUCAUUUUAUGUGCUUUCAUUUAAUACUUCAGUUGUUUUCAGAGGUUUGUCACAGUCAUGUUGAUUUGUCCAGUGCAGAAUCUUAACUUGUUCCUGUUUGGUAAUGGAAUUCUGAAGAUCUACAUGUCUUACGUUUGUAAUCGCUAAUUUUAUUAGUCAAAUGAUUUUGUUCAAGACUUAAGUUAACUAUUUUAACCUAACACAAAUCUUCACCCAGCGAAGGUCCUAACAUCUAAAACUUUGGUGCGUCUCUAGAAUAAGUAUUUCUAGAGCAUCCAAAUCCUAACUCCUAACAUGGAGUUUUACAGUUGUGAGUAAUCUGGACUGAGUCAUAAAUAGAGCUUGCAGAUGGAGCCAUGCAUGGUUCAGGCUGAUUAUUCAUAAAUAGUGCACAAAUGGUAGCUUAUCAUAAAGGCUCAACCAAGCUACAGAUAAACUGCCACAAACUAUAAACACUGAAGUCAUUAUUGCCUUAAAAUACUACCUGGGCAUUUAGCACUUGUAUAAUCAACCAUUGAAAUUCUUCUAAAUGAAAGCUACGGUAGGCAUGUCCCAAUGCAGUUCUGGAAGGCUACAGUACUGACUUUUCCCACUAAUCUGACACUUGAGUACUAAGUGCAUCAUUAAGCCCUUCAGUAAAAGAAUCUGGUAUUAGACCAGAAGUAGCAUGUCCACUGUUGUGGCCUUCCAGUGCUGGUGACUGUGUUUGAGGCUAUACACUGUAGCUCUGUGAAUCUGAUUGCUAUGGCAUAGUGUCUUAUCAGCUGUCAUUCAUUCUCUUGGAGAAAACUGAUUACAAAUGCUUGAAAUGAUGAGAAAAAUAGCCUAAAAUGAAAUUGGUGUGAUUGUGCAAGGCAGUCAUGUCAGUCAUAGGGCAACAUGUUGCCAAAAUCUUUUUCAAACAGGAAGUCAAAUAAAAUGUUACUGCUGU